AUGGAAACUUAUAGCAAUAUCGGAGGAAGAAGUAACGUCCAUCCUCAAUUUUCUGAUCUAUCAAAUCCUUAAAUUAUUGAAACUCUACAAAAAUAAAACCUUGCAAGCGGAGGGCAGGAAGAUCCAUAGCAAGAUUAAGUUUAAGAUCAGAAUCAAGAAAGUAAGUUUCAAAUUAUUAAGAAACAACAAAUCUAGUUGAGAGAAAGUGGUUGUGGGCCUUUCCAUAAAUUGAAGGAGUGCCACCAACUCCAAGAGGAGGGCAUUCAGCUACUUUAACAGGAGCCUCUCUGGUUAUCUUCGGUGUAAAAUAAAAGUUAUUUAUCGAUAUUCUUUUAGGGACAUUAUUAUGUUGGAUAGGAUACUGGAUUUUAAUAUUUAAAUGACACACAUGUGUUAGAUGUGAACUCAUCAAGAUGGAUUAAACCAAAGAUUUCAGGAACUCCACCUCCUUCAAGAUAUGGUCAUUCAGCUGUAUUAGCUGGUUCAAGAAUAAUUAUUUUUGGAGGUAAAGGACCCAAAGGUGCUGUCUAUAGAGAUUUACAUGCUCUUGAUCCAGUCACAAUGACAUGGUAUUAAGGCCCAGAGGGAGGUGGUGCACCCUCAGCAAGAUUUGAUCACACUGCUAAUUUAGUUAGUGGAACUAAGAUGUUCAUCUUCGGAGGUUGGAACGGAAACGACUUUUUCAAUGAUGUGUAUGUGCUUGACCUUGAAAUUAUGGCUUGGUCAAAGCCUAAUUGCACUGGACCUGCUCCAUCCCCUAGAAAAGGUCACUGCUCAAUAUUGAUUGGAACUAAUCUUGUUGUGCAUGGAGGAUUCUUCUUUAGUGAUGAGAGAAUGAAAAAGAACGGUCUUGGAAAGAUGGGAUCUUCACUCUAAGAGUGCUAUCUAAACGAUAUCAGAGUUCUUGACACUGAAUCCUUUAUUUGGUCUCGUUUAAGAGUUAGUGGCAGUCCACCUGAACAUAGAUUCGGACAUACUAUGGAUGUUUCAGGUUCAGAUAUUAUCUUAUAUGGUGGAUGGACUAAAACAUCAGGAGCUAGAUUUAAGCAUGAACCAACUGAGGAAAGUUGCGACUAUUUCAUGAUUUGGUCCACUGAUACAAUGUCUUGGAAGAGAGGCUAAUACAUUGGAAACCCACCUACCAGCAGAUUUGGACAUACUAGUACCGCUAUUGGUCCUCACUUGUUGAUAUUUGGAGGAUGGGAAUACACUAAGGCUUAGAAUGAGAUCAUAGUAUUGAGAGAGUGCACUAAUAAAUUAAUGGGAGAAGGAGAAGGUGAAGGCAAUUAAUGA